AUGAACCUAAGCUUCUUUGAUCAAUUCUCCAGCCCCUACCUCAUAGGAAUACCACUAAUCCUCCCCUCCCUCCUACUCCCUACUCUCCUCUUUCCAACACCAGGACGCCGAUGAAUUAGCAAUCGCCUCUCAACCCUCCAACUCUGGGUCAUUAAUCUAAUUACAAAACAACUAAUAACCCCCCUAAACAAAACAGGCCACAAAUGAGCCCUACUACUAACCUCCCUCAUCCUGCUGUUACUGUCCAUUAACCUAAUAGGCCUUCUCCCAUAUACCUUCACCCCUACUACCCAACUAUCAAUGAACAUAGCCUUAGCCUUCCCGCUAUGAUUAGCCACCCUACUAAUCGGCCUACGAAACCAACCAUCCGCCUCCCUAGCUCACCUUCUCCCAGAAGGAACCCCCACACCACUAAUCCCAAUCUUAAUCAUAAUUGAAACAACCAGUCUACUUAUCCGACCAUUAGCCCUAGGAGUCCGCCUAACAGCAAACCUAACAGCUGGCCACCUACUCAUUCAACUUAUCUCCACAGCUACAAUCGCCCUAUUACCAACAAUACCAUCCAUCUCCACCCUUACAGCACUCAUCCUACUCCUACUCACCAUCCUAGAAGUAGCAGUAGCCAUAAUCCAAGCCUAUGUAUUCGUCCUUCUUUUAAGCCUAUACUUACAAGAAAACAUCUAA